AUGCCGUUCGCCAAGCGACUCGUGGAGCCCCAGUUUCUGGUCCGGUACCAGGUCCCGGGCGAGGAGGCUGUGCUCUUCGAGGACCUGGUCUCCGUCAGUCAUGUGGCUCUAUCCCGGACCCUGCGGCAGCUGUCGGACUUGGCCAAACACGCCUGCUCCAUCUUCCAGGAGCUGGAGAGCGAGCUGGCCUCCACCAGCCUGCGGGUCAGGGGGCUGCAGAGGAAGAUCGUCCGGCUGGAGCAGACCUGCUCCGAGCUGGACCCCAAGCAGGAGGCCGUGCCGGUGUCCAACCUGGAUGUGGAGAGUAAGCUGACGACACAUUACCAAGCGCCGUGGCACCAGCAGAGGAACAUUUUCCACCACUCCACGCGGCCAGCAUGUGUAGAAGAGCUCCACAGGCAAGCCAACCUCAGCCUGUGGGCCCUGCACCGAGAUCACCAGAGCAGACGAUCGGGAAGCCGGGAGCGGAGGGUCACCAUCUCCAUCUCAGCCGUGCCCCCGAUACCCAGGAUCCCUUCCCCUCACAUCAUCAAGAGACAAGAGAGAAGUGGCACGAAUUCAACCACGUUUGAAUCCAUCCGCUCCUCCUCCCCUACCGAAUGUUGUCACUUCUCUCCCUGGAGCAGAAAGGCUGCGCCCUCUGACCCUGACACUGAUGGGGUGGCUCUAGGUCACCGGUCUAAGUUUCCCAUCCUUAACAUCCCCUCCACCCUGGACAAGCAGACUAACUGGUCUGACGCCUUGCCGCUGCCCACCCCAGAGGAACGAAUGAAAAGCAAUUCCCACGUCAUCACCUCAUGUGUCAUCCCCAUUAAUGUGACUGGGCUUGGCUUUGACAGAGAUGCUAGUGUGCGCUGCUCGCUCGUUCACUCCCAGUCGUUGCUACAGAGAAGGAGGAAGCUACGGAGACGGAGGACUGUCGCUGGCAUUCCCAGACAGGUGCAGCAAGAUUUGGACUCUGAUGACUCUCCAAGUUCUAGAGAUCGGACAGUGAUCGUUCAUGUCAGUCCAAACAUCACUCCCUCUAAUGAGGAGCUGGCCAGCCAUUUCAGCACCAGAGACUCAGGUUGCCAAACUGAAGACUUUCUGAUCUCAGGAGCCCCAUCUCGCAGGAGGAUCAGGGCCCAAAGAGUCCAGGGAGUCUCCCUCUCCCUCUCUUACUCUGCAGGCAACAUCACCUCCUUGCCCGACAGAGCUGACGCCAUGUUCUCUGCCUCUGUGGGCGAGCGCCUGCGCUCCAGGAGUCUGCCUCGAGACACGAGCAGGAUCAUGGAUAACGGGCAAAAUGACAGCUUUGAUGAGGAGGAGCUUUCCCCCUUUGACCCAGAGAACUUCCUGCCAGUACCCGGGAAGUUGCUUCUGAAGGAUGAAGAGGAGAGCACAGAUGACCAGGCCAUUUCUGAACACCAGUUGGGCCUCAAGUACCAGCAGCUCUCUGAGAGUCCAGAGCGCAGCUGGAUGGAGAGGACCAGAUCCCAGCUGCCCAGGAAAGCGGACAUGGGCAGCUGUGAGAUCUCCUCUAGUUCAGACACCUUCAGCAGCCCUGUCCAUUCCGUCUCUGUGGCAGGGGUGCUGGCAGGCCAGAUGGACCACAAGGACGACCACCAGUCUUCUAGCGGAAACUGGAGCGGGAGCAGCUCCGCCUGCCCCUCACAAACCUCGGAGACAAUCCAACCUGCAGCCUCUCCACCUCUGACCGGCUCCUCACACUGCGACUCUGAGCUCUCUCUAAACGCCGCCACUCACAACAACGACGACCCGAGCGGCUUCAUGCUGGACCACUACCCGGGCGUCAGGACCCAGCGGACGGGCUCCUUCUCCUCCACAGCGAUGGACAUAUUAGAAGAAGCAGGGGUCAGCACUCCCAUCGAGCAGGAGUGGAGUUACCCCCACCCCGAGAUUGAGCGCCCCCAGGACUUCAGCCCCGAGCCAAACAGAGACGCAGAGAGCAGCCUGGGCUGCCCAAGCUACACCAGCAUGGCCACCUGCGAGAGCAGCUACUCUGACAAACCGCCGUCAGAGAAGGCAGACAAUGUGUCCCACUACUCUGUGGACAGUGAAGGGUACUACACCUCCUUGCACUUUGACUGUGGUCUGAAAGGUAGCAAAAGCUUUACUUAUAACUAUGGCGCCUCUGGCUCCGACUGUGGCCUGUCUGACUUGAGUGGUCACAUGUCGCUGGCGAGACGCUGCCUCUCUUUAAGAAAGCCAAAGGCGAAGCCGUCUCCACCCAAGAGGAGUUCAUCCUUAAGGAAAAUAUGCAGUGAUGGCAAUAUCCAUGACAAGAAGGAACCAAAGAUCACAUGUGGGCAGCAACGUCCACUGUCUUCCAAGGAGAGGAGACUGCAGCUAGCUUUGUGCGGCUCUCCGGGUCUUAUAGAAAACUCUUCACGGUCCAGAGAGCCCCUUGUGGUCUGGGGGGUGGAGGACGCAGUCGAUCUACCCGACCUAGGUGUUUUUAGCUCCACAGAUGCACAUUCGUUUAAGGAUGACGGAGUCGUUCAGUCAGACUAUGCAGAUCUGUGGCUGCUGAAUGAUUUAAAAUCCAGCGAUCCUUACCGAUCUUUGUCAAACUCAAGCACAGCUACAGGUACGACUGUUAUCGAGUGCAUGAAGUCGCAGGAGAGCUCAGAGUCACAGACAUCCCAGUCCGGCUCCAGAGCCACCACUCCCUCACUGCCUUCAGUCGAGGGGGACUUUAAGCUGUCCUCUCCAGAGAGGUUAGCAGGCCUGGCCAGCCCAUCCAGCGGCUACUCUAGUCAGUCAGAGACCCCCACCUCCUGCUUCCCCUCCACCUUCUUUCCCGGGCCACUGUCACCAGCCAGUGGUAAGAGGAAGCCUAAAGUCCCUGAAAGGAAGUCUUCCCUUCCUUCCUUGUCCCUGCCGUCGCUGUCCUGCAGGGAUGGAGCCAACUCGAAGAAAGACCUGGAGCUGCCCGUAAUCCCUCCCUCCCACCUCGACCUCAGUGCCCUUCAGGGUGUCAACAAGGCCUUGGCUUACAGGACCCAGAUUCAAAUCCUUCAGCAAAACAAACACAAAGCUGCUGCAGCACCCACUUACUCAGAGGUGUUCACCACCCGCCCCCUGUCCAUCACACCCACCGUGCUGCACUCAGUACAGCUCCGGUCCUUCAAUAAAGACACAGAGGACAGUCACGAGGACAGAACCCCUUUCAAACUGAAAUGUCCGACAGUGAACUUGAAAAGCACACUUUCCGGUAGUAAAUCAUUAGAGCUGAAGAGCCCACUGUUAUACAGCUCACGUCCUCAUUACACAUCUUCGCAGGAGUUUUCUAAAUCAAUGUUUAGCUCUAAUGAAGAGCUUGCAUGUGGAGAAGCAGCAUGUCAGAGUGAGCUGAGGACAGAGCCGGACAAAGAGUCUUCUCUAGAGAGUGAGACAGCGUGCAGGCUGCAGUCAGAGCCAUCAGCAGACGUCCGUGACACAACCACGAGCCAGGAAGCAGAGAUGUGCAGAGAGUCGGUGGAAACACCUGUCUGCUCUGUGGACUGCAGCCCGCAGUCAGAGCCCGUGGGACCAACGAGAAGUGAGCCCUCUGAAGAACAGCUGUGUUCAACUCCCUCUGUUCUGCACAGUUCACCCAGUGGAUCCCACAGUCUUGAUGAAGUGUCUGCUACUGACGGUCAAUCCGAGUCGAUUCAAGAGAGUCCAAUCAGCAAUGACGAUUACAAAGAGGAGGAAUGUGACUCGUCAGGUGUUUCAGCAGAAAGUGCCUCCCAGGACGGGAAGGACGAGUCCACACCAGACACAGAGGAUUACUUCAGCAAAGACUCCACACCCAGUGACACUGUAGCGUCCCCGCUGAGUGAUGAGUCACGGCCAGAGGACGACAAUGUGUUUCUGUCACCCAACAAAACUCGCACCACUGAGGAUCUGUUUGCAAUGAUACACAGGUCCAAAAGGAAAGUGUUGGGUCGGAAAGACUCCACUGAGUCGGGUGCGAGGAACCGUGUUAAUGCUGCAUCAGCAAACACACCACCCAGCAGCAUCAUCAGCUCCCCAGUCCCACUGGUGUCGCCGGCCUCCGCCGUGACCCCCCCGGGCCCGCAGAGAGUCCCCGUGCCCAUCUACAGGAAUGUAAAGAAGUCUAGCACCUCCAACGAGGAAUUUAAACUGCUGCUGCUCAAAAAGGGCAGCCGCUCAGACUCCAGCUACCGCAUGUCAGCGACAGAGAUCCUCAAGAGCCCCAUCGCUCCCAAAUCUCCGGGAGAUUCUCUGACCGAGUCGCCCGGGCCGCCCGAGGACCUCUCGUCCCCCUUGCAACAACAGCAGCUUAAUUCAGGGCCGGAUCAGAUCUCCAGCCCCUACCCCAGAGCCUACGCUGAGGGCUUCUCUCCCAAAUCCUUCCCCACAUCUGCUGCGUCCAGGCAGGGCCGCUCCAGAAUCCCCCCGCCCGCCAACAGCAGCCGCUACGGCGUGCGCAGCAGACUGUUCUCAGCACCCAUGCAGGCAAUUUCUGAGGGAGAGGCGGAGAACUCAGACGGAAGUCCUCACGACGAGCGCUCGUCACAGGGCUCCACGUAGAAAACAGAGUAUAAAUGUCAAAGGUAUGAAAUUAUUUUUUUAGUUUAAAAAUCAAACAGAUGCACCAGAGUGGGUAAUAAUAUAUACUAGUUGUGAUGAGGAUAAUUUGGUUACACAGAAGACUAGGGGAAAACCUAUGCUGUUAAAAAAAUAUAAUUGAAC